CUGAGAUGGCAGUUGUCAUAGUCUAACUAAGCCUGUGAGGGCUGGGGCUGGAGCGAGGGACUGCCCAGACAGUCUCCAAAACGGAAGAUGUGUGAAACAGAGGAUGAGAGGAGUGCUCAGGCCAGGCAGCUCUUUGAGAACUUUGUCCAGGCGUCCACGUGUAAGGGCACUAUGCAGGCCUUUAGUAUCUUAUGCAGGCAGAUGGAUCUGGACCCGCUGGACUACAGGAACUUCUACAGCAACCUCAAAGCCACGGUCACCAACUGGAAGGCCAAGGCCCUCUGGACGAAACUGGACAAGAGAGCCGGCCACAAGGAGUACAAGAAAGCCCAAGCCUGUGAGGGCACUAGGUGUCUGAUCAUCGGAGGGGGCCCCUGUGGUCUGCGUACGGCCAUCGAGCUGGCUCUGCUGGGGGCCAAGGUGGUGGUGAUUGAGAAGAGGGACACCUUUUCCAGGAACAACGUGCUGCAUCUGUGGCCCUACACCAUCCAUGACCUCAGGGGCCUCGGGGCCAAGAAGUUCUACGGCAAAUUCUGUGCUGGAGCCAUAGACCACAUCAGUAUUUGCCAGCUCCAGCUCAUGCUACUGAAGGUCUCCCUCAUUGUGGGGGUGGAGGUCCAUGUCAACGUGGAGUUUGUCAAACUGUUGGAGCCACCGGAGAACCAGGAGAAUGAAGGGCCUGGAUGGAGAGCAGAGAUCAGACCAGAAAACCACCCCCUCGUUGACUUUGACUUUGAUGUGGUGAUUGGCGCAGAUGGACGCAAAAACACGCUAGACGGUUUCAGGAGGAAAGAGUUCCGGGGCAAGCUGGCCAUAGCCAUCACAGCCAACUUCGUUAACAGGAAUACCACAGCCGAGGCCAAGGUGGAGGAGAUCAGCGGCGUGGCCUUCAUCUUCAACCAGAAGUUCUUCCUGGAGCUCAAAGAGGAAACCGGGAUUGAUCUGGAGAACAUAGUGUACUACAGAGACCACACACACUAUUUUGUGAUGACCGCAAAGAAGCAGAGUCUGCUGGACAAGGGAGUCAUCAUUUAUGAUCACGUUGAAACAGAGAAGCUGCUGGGCCGAGACAACGUGAACCAGGAGGCUCUUCUCUCCUACGCCCGUGAGGCGGCCGACUUUGGCACCAACUACCAGUUGCCCUCUCUAGACUACGCCAUCAACCACUGCAGCCAGCCCGACGUGGCCAUGUUCGACUUUACCUGCAUGUACGCCUCGGAGAACGCAGCUCUUGUCAGGGAGAAGUACGGACACCAGCUACUUGUGUCCCUGGUGGGGGACAGUCUACUGGAGCCCUUCUGGCCCAUGGGGACUGGCUGUGCUCGAGGCUUCCUGGCUGCCUUUGACACGGUGUGGAUGGUGAGGGGCUGGGUGCAGGGCAAGACCCCCCUGGAGAUCCUGGCAGAAAGGGAGAGUCUCUACAGGCUAUUACCCCAAACAACGACAGAGAACAUCUCAAAGAAUUUUGAGCAGUACACCAUUGACCCGGUAACACGGUACCCCAACCUCAACUCCAGCUGUGUCAAGCCACAUCAGGUGUGUCACCUGUUCUUAGACGGGCAGCAGGACUCCUAUCCUCUGGAAUGCUGUGGACCCACACAUAGAUCUGUCAGUCUCUCCAGACGAAAGUCGGACAUCCGGCCAAGCCGCCUCCUCACCUGGUGUCAGAAGCAGACUCUGGGUUAUAGAGGCGUGGACGUCACCAACCUCACCUCCUCCUGGAAGAGUGGCCUGGCGCUCUGUGCUCUUAUACACCUCAUGCGACCUGACCUCAUUGACUUUGACUCCCUGAAUGAGGAGGACUCAGCCAAGAACAACCAGCUGGCCUUUGACAUAGCAGAGCGUGAAUUUGGUAUCCAGCCUGUGACCACGGGGAAGGAGAUGGCUCUGGACCAGGACCCAGACAAGCUGAUGAUGGUGCUGUACAUCUCUAAGGUUUACGAGAUGUUCCGCAACUCACCUGCAUCCAUCACUGGUAGGCUGCUGGAAACGGAUGAGAACAAUGAGGACUAUUCAUCCGAGUCUGCAAACUCAGUUUACAACUUAAUGAACCAAACACAGACAAGAAAGAGGAUCCCAAAGGAUGACAAGAGGCUGGAGAAAGAUGACCCAAUGAGCAAAAGACAAAGAAAGGGCAACUACUUAGAGGAGGUGUGUUUAUUGUCCUGUCAGAGUGCCCCCCCUGCAGGUGAGGGCGGAGAGCAGAAUAAGGUGCGCUCCAUGGCCACCCAGCUGCUGGCCAAGAUUGAGGAGAAUGCGGCGCCUGGCGGUGCCCUGCCUAAAAAGUGUGUUGGAAGGAAGGAGUUUCCUCAGAACCUGGGAGGCAGUGACAUGUGUCACUUCUGCUCCAAGCGUGUGUACGUGAUGGAGCGUCUCAGCGCUGAGGGCCACUUCUUCCACAGGGAGUGUUUCCGCUGUGACGUCUGCAGCUCCACACUACGCCUGGGCGGACAUGCCUACAACUCCCAACAGGGCAAGUUUUAUUGCAAGCUUCACUAUUCUCAGCGCCAACCCAGCCUUCAAAGUUCAAGCAAGUUCCAGAGGAGAACGGAGGACCAGGGACAUCUGACCUCUUUGGCGAACGGGAGUGACCCCAACUCAACCAUGGGCAGCCUGCAGAGCCAGCCGCCAGGUACCCUGUGUUCCUUCCUUAGGAGAAGCCUGCGCUGGCCGCUGCACGCUGGCCAAACAGUGUGUGGGACGCCCCACCGGCUGGCCUGCUGGGUGCAUGGGGCAGUCAGUCAGGCGGGGCUCCACCUCAGGGAUCGCUCAGAGGACUACGGCUUCCUGUACGAGCUGCUGAGUCUGGGCCUGCCCCUACUGAGCAUGCUGCACGAGCUCCUGGGCCAGAUUUACAUGGAGGCUGGGCAGCCUGAGCCCCAGCCCCAAGGCCUACUGCCCUGGGCCCAAUGCACAGGUCUGAUGAAUGGACUGUACACCCGCACGGUGCCUGAGGUGGCCAUGAACACAGUGGACCUGGACAUGCCUGACUCCAACAGGACUGCUGACUCGAAGAAACAGGCCAACUCCGAUACAUCUCUCAAACCACAAGAUUCUGCACAGGAGAAGAAAGAACAUUCCAGUACCAAGUCAUCCCUCCCAUCUGGGAACAGCAGAUGGAAGAGGAAGAUCUGUGCUACUCUCCCUCUCAUCCUGGUGAGGCACUUCUCACGUGAAAAAGCUGCAGAAAACGAGGAGCCCAACAUUGAAGAGGCCAACUCUGAUUUUGAGGAGAUUGAACCACCGGUCUCCCAUGAUGGUCCUAAACCACCUGCAGAUUCUCAGAAUCAGAGUUCAUCGAUGGGUAAAGAAGAAUGCCCUGUCACAAAUGUGCCACAGCUGGAGGAAGCAGUCGGCCGUAAGAAAAGGCUGACCCUGUCCCUGUCUGAGAAAGAGAAACUCCUGGACUGGAACCUGGCUACUCCAGAAGAGGCCCGAAGCACUGGAGGAGGAGAUCCUUCCACACAUCCCAAACCUGGGGACCAGAUCCCCCCGAAGGACCUAUUGCCUCGGGUAGAGGCAGAACCAGUCCCAGCUCAGCCCCAGCCAGCUCAGCCCCAGCCAGUUCCGUCCGCAUUCCAGGUGUGGGCCAAUGCUUUCAGGAGGUCUUUUGGAGUAUCAAGGACAACAACAGACUCCAACACGGUUGUCACCAGGAGGAAAAACAACAGUCCAACCAAGCCUAGGCCUCUGUCUGAUGGAGCCUUCAGCUUUAGCUCCCUGUUUGGGGAUACCGCCCAAAGCCAGGAGGCCCAACCAGUGGAAGAGGGGCAGAAGAGCCAGCCGUCCCCACAUCCACUCAAGGCCUCCAUGGGUCACAGACCCACAGACCUGCCCACGCUACUGGAACAGGUCUCCCUAGGCAGCAACAAGUCUGUAGGAUCCUUCACCACAGACGACAUGGCUUCACUCCCGCCCAGGAAGCUCAACUUUUUCUCCUCCCUGAGGCUGAAGAAGAGGGGGGGACCGGAGGGAGUGGGGGGUCAGGAGAAGGACAUCAGGACCAUCCUGUCCAACAUCAGGAACAAAGCCUCCAGCAAACAGCAGAAAGAUGAGUCCGACUCCUCAAGUGACGAUGAGCACAUCCCAGCCAAACAGAAGUUCCAUGGGAGCUCGGAGAGACAGAGGAGGAGACGGGAGAAGACUGUGAUUCAACAGGCCAAGAGAGAGCAGCUGAAGAGGCUCCACAGAGCCCAGAUCAUCCAGAGGCAGCUGGAGGAAGUGGGGGAGAAGCAGAGAGACCUGGAGGAGAGAGGGGUGACCAUUGAGAAGGUCCUUCGGGGCGAAGCCCCAGACGAAGGUGAUGGUCUCUCUGAUGAGCACGAGCUCCUCCAAAUGUGGUUCAAGCUGGUCCUGGAGAAGAACAAACUGGCCCGCUAUGAGGAAGAGCUAGUCAUAUUUGCUCAGGAACUCGAGCUGGAGGACAGACAGAGUCAACUACAGACAGAUCUACGACGCAGGAUGUCAGUAGACGACUCCAGGAAGAGCUCCAGUGAGCUGGCGGAGGAGCAGCAGAUGCUGACUGAGAUCAUGAAGGUGGUGGAGAGGAGAGACACUCUGGUCAGCCUGCUGGAGGAGCAGCGGCUGCAGGAGAGGGCUGAGGACAGAGACCUGGAGAGCCUGGUGCUGUCUAGGGGCUACCAGUUCCAUUGGACCUGAGGAGUUGCAGCCCUCUGGGGCAGGGAAAAGGAUAACAGUACCAUGCAGCUCUAUGGGUAGAGGCGACAAGUACUACACUACUGGAUUUGGCCUCAAGUGGCAUGGUGACCUUUUGAAUAUGUAUAUAGGUUUUACUUGUCAAUUCCUACUUGAGGAUCACAUCUCUUAUAGACCUGAGGGUUGUACAUCCAGUGUCUGUAUGCCUAGUCUCUCUUGACAGCCUUCUGAGAUUACUGUAUGCCUAACCAAGAACACCUCAUAUGCUGCAGUAGGAAUGGAAUAAAUGAAAUAUUAUUUAGUUUUCUUUACUUUGUCAGUUGCACUGGAAAGCACUUAAACACUACAGAAACCCAAAGAUUCAUCCUAUCAAGUAUGUUUUCCCUCUCAAAGCAAAAUGUAUUUUGUAUGUGUAGGUCUCUGUUGUAGGUCUCGCUGUUCAUGUGUUGUGUUGAGAAGCACUGGAAAAACGACUAUGUUGUAUAACUUCAUCUGCACUAUACCAAGUAAUUUAAUCAACCAAUACACCAUUUUCCACAGGACUUUUUACUAUUAUUCCUGCAUGUUGUCUGUCCUAUUACUCAGUACUGACCACAAC